UUCUCUUUUUCUGGUUGGCUUUUUUUUCAUCUCUAAUUGUUGGAAUUGAUUUUGAUCGUUUUUCAAUUAAAUUCUGUGUUGUUCAUUUCAUUAGGUGUGUCCCUUUUGUCUUUUGAUUAUUAUUUGGGUUGAUUUGCUUUUCUCAUAUGGAUACCUUCAAGAAUUUGGCUUCGGUCGCUGAAGAGGAUGACGAUGAUGAGGAAGAUGAUGAAGACUAUGUUCCCAGUAAAGAGGAUUUAGAAAAUGAUGAUGAUCAUGAAAAAGAUAUUGAUGAUGAUGAUGAUGAAUCAAGCAAUGGAUCCGGUGAAAGUGACGAUGGUAAUGAUGGUCCAGCGAAACAGAAGAGGAAAAAAAAGGUGAAAAGACGUGGAAUCAAAAGGAAAUCAUUGAAAGAUGAUGAUGAUGCUGAAAAUGUUGACCAGCAAGGUGAAGAUAAAAAAGAUUUGACCAUAGAUGAGAAGAAGAAAAAAGCUGAUGACCUUUGGGCUGAACUUAAUGAUUCCAGUUCAAUUAAAUCGGAACCUAAACCAUUAUCAACACCCAAAGAGACCAAUGAAGAGGCAAUUGCUGAGAAAGUUUAUGAUUUUGCCGGUGAAAAAGUUGUCAUCAAAGAAACACCCAAACCAGUUACUAGCUCAUCAUCUUCAUUGGUUGCUCAAUCAUCUGCUCCACCCGUACCUACAAUUAGACGCAGUGGCCUGAAAGAUUUCGUAUCAAAUCUUGGUAAAAAAAAUAAAAUAGGAACACUACAAAAAUCAAAGAUCGACUGGGACAGUUUUAAACGUGACCAAGGAAUCGAAGAUGACCUUAAACAAGCGACACUUAGCAAAGAUGGUUACGUUGAAAGACAGGCCUUCUUAUCUCGUGCUGAUGUUAGACAAUUUGAGAUUGAAAAAUCGAUUCGCUCUAAAAUUCGUAAACCACAAUAAUCAAUUGAUAAUCUAAUUUUCUUUUCGCUUAUUCAAUCAAUAUCGAGAAGAAGAAAAAAAACUAAAAAAUCAACUAAUCAUCUCUGGAGCAAAGAUCUUUAAUCAUCCAUCAUCAUUGAAGAAAACCAGAAACACGUUGGUUUUAAUCUUGGACCCAUGUGGAACCAUUUGCAACUUGAUUAUCAUUGAUUGUUCAAUUUUGAGAAUUUAAAUGUUACCAAUUCUCGACUAGUUGUUUAAUUUUGAACAAUAAUUUACCAAUAAUUUGGUCUCACAACAAUUACAAUCACAUCUAACCACUUACAACCUUUUUCUCCAAAGGAUAUUGAAAGUAAACAGAUAAAUCAUCUCACAUAACCAAGGUAAUGAUACCAAUGAUCAUCUUUCAACAACAUGAGUGUUCAAGUCUCUCAAAACUUGUUUGUGAUAAUUAGCUGAUUAACUAAAUCAUGAUUUCUCAUGCUUACAGCAAACAUAAUUGUGUAUUUUUGAUGUAACCACUACAACCCAUUGUAAUUUUACAAAUUUAAUCUCUCUCUCUCUCUCUCUCUCUCUCUCUCUCUCUUCCGAUUCUGUCUCUGAUUUCUCAUUAAUUUUUUUCUACGUUCAUUAAAUUAUCUCUGUAUCUCUCAAUCUUUCCUUAAUUGUAAUCCAUCUAAAUAACAAAUGUAAAUCAAUUCUUAAUUUU